AUGUUCCUUCUUGUAGCACUUGGUGGAAAAACUGAAAAACCGUACACUCAUUGCAGCAGUUGGGUCGACAAUGUAUUUAUCAUAAAAAUUUCGAACAUGUUCUUAUGGGACUAUUCAGCGAUUUUCUCGACGCGCUGAGAAAAUAAGUUGUAUAGUCCCAUUAGAAAAAAAUUGGAUUUUCAAAUCCAUAUUCAAUCAUCGUAAAAUAAAAGAUUGGGGAAUAGAAAAAACGAAAAACAAUGACCUAUUUUACGCUCACAACCCAACCGAUAUAGAUUUUGUGAGAAAAAAACGACGGCUGAUCAGAUUUUUUAGUACAUCACACCAUUUUUCUUGCAAAAAGAGAAAUAGUGAGAGAGUAGCGAGACAAAAAAUUGACAUUUAUUUUUUGUUGUUAGGGGGUCAUAGGAGUGACCAAAAACACGUGAAAAUUAUUUUCACAAUUUUUAGAAGUCCACGGAGCCACAUAGAUCGAUAAACACAUGAUUCACUGCAACAUCAUAUGGGAAAAUCUUUUUAAACUUUUCAGUCGGGUUAUUUAUGUUUAGGACUAUAUUUAAUGAUGAGAUACAAGUGUUUGGUAACAAUAACAAUUUAUAGGAACUUAUUAAGAAUGUUAUUAAAACCGAUAUGUUCAAAUAUCCACAAAUUUUCAAAAAAAAAAGAGAGGUGAAGGUUUUUCUGUUUUUCUCGAUGUUUCAAUCAGCUGGCGCGCUCCAUAAAUUCUGUUCAUUGUCGAUUCUCACGAAGCCGCAUUGGUUGUCCAAAAUUUGUACGACUUCUGAAGAUAAUCGAAACUUUUGAAUAUUUAUAGUCUAAUCACACUCAAUUAUAUCUCUCGAACAAUCUGGAAAAUGAAAUGAUAACGAAAUAAUUAUGGAUAUAAUAGGAACGUUUGAAUAUUUAGAGUCUCCGAAAUUCCCCAAUUUAGAAACUAUUAAAAAUUCAUUUUCACAAUUCACAAGGUUUAGUUCCUUUGUCUGACCAAUAUUUCAGAAAAAUUGAAGUUUUCUCAGUGAUACAAAAACUACUAAUUGUUUUCCGAAAUUUUACAAAAACCCUUCAUUUUUCAGAAAGCUUUGGCCGCUGGAGAAUUCGAUUUGAAAAAAUUGCCAAAAGUCAACGAGAAGAAAUUGUUCCGAAAAUUCCAACUUCCAGUCAGAGAAGGUCAUAAAGUUUUGGAUGCUCCAUCGGGUAAAAAAGGAACAACUGCACAGUAUAUUACGAAGAAAAAAGCAAAGAAAAUGUAUAGGGUUGGUUUUUUCAUUCAACAAGCCAUUUUUUUGUUGAUAAAUUGUUGAGUGUUUCCAGAGAAUGACACAGGAUGCCAGAGAAACAUUCAAGAAAAUGCAAGCGGAAGGAGUUGAUAUUGCUGUUGAAGAAGGAGAUGAAGAAAUGGAGGAUUGA